AAGGAGUUCUACGUUAUACAUGUCUGUUUGUUUACAAAAAAUAUUUGUUAGUACUAUCGAUUCCAAUAUCGAUAUUUCGCACUAUCGAUAAGUGUGCAACCUUGCAGUUGCCGUGCGUGCCCAGCUGUUCGAAUUAAAUUUUGGUUUAUUUGUUGUUAAAAACAAAAUGCGAUUUCAACUAUCAAGGAAUGCAUGGCAUGUUUGUGGUCAAUAUAUGCAGCGGAAUUUUUUCCAACUUAGCAAGCGCUACAAAAUUUAACAUAUUAAAUAAUUUAAACAUUGCAUACAAUGCUAUUGAUUAAAUGCUAGAAGCUGUUUUGUGAAAAAGAGUACCCAGCCUGCUACAUAAUAUUGUGCCUACAAGCAAAACGAUAUGUUAAAAAAAAACCGCAUAUGAAAAGUACUCGAGGAAUUUACGAGGAUAUAUAACAUGACCCAAAUCUUAGUCUUGUCUUAUAUAAUUAAUCUGUUCAGCAAUGUAAAAUUAUUAACUGAAGUGAAAUUUAGUAAUUCAAAUGAAUCUCUGUAUUGCAGAGACAAGGGCAAAUGGGAAUUAAUAAGCGCCGCCGGCAAAGUUUCUAAUGAACGCAACGUUCCCGAGCACAUACAAAAGCCGCCGUACUAUUAUAAAGAAAUGCCGGCCGGCAAUACAUUAGGAACUCCUGAAAUCAAAAAUGAGGAACAGUUAAAUCAUAUGCGUUCCUGCGGCAAGCUGGCAGCACAGAUACUUCGGGAAUGCGGCAAAAUGGCAAAAGUUGGAAUAACUACGGAUCAUAUUGAUGACUUUGCGCACCAGCGUAUAAUUUCAGAAAACGCCUACCCAUCCCCACUUCGAUAUGUUGGAUUCCCGAAAUCAUUGUGCACGUCUAUUAACAAUGUUGCCUGCCAUGGUAUACCGGACGACCGACCCUUAGCCGACGGUGAUAUAAUAAACAUUGAUGUGACCGUCUACCAAAAUGGUUGUCAUGGCGAUUGCUCGGAGACUUUUCUUGUCGGUCACGUCGAUGAGCGUGGACGUUUUCUAGUGGAUUCAACACGCGAGUGCCUAGAGAAGUGUAUAGCUCUCUGUGGUCCGGGUGUGCCCUUUAAUGAAAUCGGCAAAUACAUACAGAAAUAUUGCCAAGAGCGUGACCUGGAAUCCGUGGAAGCAUUUAUUGGCCAUGGUAUUGGUAGCUACUUUCACGGACCACCCGAAAUUUAUCAUUACGCCAAUGAGGCCCCGGGCCGAAUGCAAGCGGGCAUGACAUUUACCAUCGAGCCAAUUUUGUCUCUUGGUAGCGGCGAUAUUGGCCUAUUAGAAGACGGCUGGACGGCAGUUAGUUUAGACAAUUCACGUAGCGCACAGUUUGAGCAUACGAUAUUGAUCACAGCAACUGGCGUUGAGGUGCUAACAAAUGCUGUCUAAAGGAUCAACGUUUACAU